AUGAUCCGUCGAUCUCUGGUUCAAAUACGGAAAUGUAGCCAUAAAGCGGAUCCAUCACGAGCGUUCGAUUUUAUCCCGGCAAAAAAUCGGGAUGCUAACGAAAUUUUGGAUCUAUGUUUGAGCGGGCUGAUCCGAGACGAACCUCAUUCGAGAGCUUUGAAGCUCACAUCCGAAAAUUCACGAGGAGUGUUCGAAUACAUGGUUGCAAAAGCUCUACACUACCCGUAUUCCUACAGGAUACAUGAGAAGGGAACGAACAACCUUAUCGGCUUCCGUCUUCUAUCCAUAGGACAUCGUGACCAUGCGCUGGAUAUUGAACCAGUUCCAUUAACUGAACCUACUGAACCGGGACCACGACGGUUGUGUGAAAUUCUGGAGGAAGCGAAGGCAAAUUUCUGGAGGCUUGUCGAUCCCGCAGUGGCGACGGUGAUUCGACGUGAAAUCACCUACGUCAUUCCCAGGCAUCAACGAAAAGGCAUCGCCAAUUAUCUUCUUCACCUUGGACUCGAUUUCGAGGAAUUGAGGAAAAGAGGAAUCCAUGGAAUCACAUCCGAGGCUUCAUCGUUGGCGAAUCAGAAGUUGCUCGCCAAGAGCGGUUACACCUGCAUCAGUAUGCCGAACUAUAAAUUGGAUAUGUUCGACGGGAACGAAGGUGUUAAGGUGUUUUUCAAGGAUCUUAGAAAGUGA